AUGCCGCUAUCAAACAAAUCCAAGCUCUUAUUAACUGCGUCUAUCUUUCUAGACCUCGAGGCUGGUGUAGAUACUGACUCAGAUGUCGAAUCCCCAUCUGAGAGCGAGGAAAGCUUCAUUAUCGAUGAAGAAUCCUCGGACGAAACAGCGGACUCGGGACCCAUCAAUCUGUCUGCAUGCAUUCCUAUUCCUUCUAGACAAGAGGAAGAUCAAGCAUGGGAAGGCUUGCUAAAGAGAGCAAAGGCACGUUCAAAUGUGAGGGAAUGCUUGCUAGUCGGUGAGGGAAGCUACGAUUGGUGUCUUUUGGAUGUUGCACCCGAACUCUGGGUUCUAUCUUGCUUUCCUGGUUGGGAGGACAUUGUGGUUUUUCACAUUGGCCGAAAUGCGCGACCGGAGCAUGGUAUCAAUGCCGCCUUUAUUAUGCCUCGCCUCGAGAAACAAGUCUGGCUUGAGGCAGAAAUGACAUCGGCACUCAAGACGUGGCUCGUUGACAUCCCAGGUGUGGCACUGCAAAAUCAGCAGGUUCAACUCCACGCCGUUCCUCUGAACACAAGUGCAUGUGCACUAUACUCUGGCUCAUCGUCGCACCCCAUGGUGAAUGGAGCAUGGGUCAAAGUUCAUCAUGGCCGGUUCAAAGGCGAGGUGGGGAUGGUGGCUAAGGUGUAUCCUUGGGGUUCUUUCAAUGCAUCAAUAAUUGGAGAGUCUCAUUAUCGCUUUCAGGGCUUGGUGUAUGAGCAUGACCUUCUCGCUCGCCACCUCUCUUUCUCUCAGAUUGAAAAUGCUCACGAGAUCGGCAACCAAACAGUCGUGCUUUUUGGUCAGUCCCGACAUCCUCAAGUCCAUAGGCACCUACGAGAUCAUCCAAAAGUCUCCGAAUGGUGCUUUCAGGUUGGAGAAAAGGUUAUCCAAGUAGGGACAGGCCGAUCUGGAUUGAUCCAUACUGUCAGCGAUGAGGGGUUGGAUGUUCAAUUUUCAGAAGGAAUAUUUCCAGUCCGAUGGACUGAUGUUUGCAAAGAGUUCAUGGUGGGACAGUACAUCCAGAUCACGGAGGGUCUACCUGCAGAUAGAUGGUCUGGAUGGGUACACGCAUUCGAGGGGAGGUUUUUACAGUUGAUAUCCCCCGCUGGCCCCAAUAGUCACCAAAUCGAGGUGCACAGCGUACACCCAAACAUCGUCAUCGCAGACAGUCCACCCAGCACAAAGAUCUCUGCCCCGUCCACCGAAUCUUUGAUUCCCACAUCGACACCUGUUGCGCCAUGGAUAGGGACGAGAGUUUUGGUAACUCAACAAGGCCAUCCCUGGCAUGGAAAGACCGGGGAUGUGAAAGAUGUCAACAUUAUGACAGAUCCGUCAUGUAACCCCCAGCCAAUCUUACAGGUGUUGGUUCAGGUGGAUCACUAUGAUGCGAAUGCUCCUUUCCUGUGUUGCUGGUUCCCCUACCUCGAUAUAAUCGAGGCCGACUCAUGGCUGCCUCUCAAUGAGGUGCAACCAUUAUCAGAUGCCCACAGUUUCUUUCGUGGGCAGGUUCCUUAUACUAACAUCUUGCAGGAGAAGGGGAGGUGUAUUCCUCUGCCACCCGUUGUGGUAGAAGAAUCCGGAAACACUACUCCUAGGCCCAAUCCCUCUGAACGAUGCCUCUCUCCAGCAUGGGAUCCAUCGUCCCCGGAUUCCAUUCACUGGUGCCUCAAUCCAGAGAUCCUUGGCGCAAAGUUCCGUGUGCAAUACAAUGGCCGCCAAAUUGUAGCCUUGGUAAAGCGUAACAAUGAUGGAAAGAUCGUUUGCAUCAGGGAUGAUACGCUACUGAAAGAAGUCCUCGAUCCCUCCAGAGUCCUGCCGAUUCAUCCAAAGGCACAACAUUAUGACAUGUUUUUCAUGAUAUCAGGCGAGCAUUGUGGGAAAUAUGUCAGGAGCAUUCAAUUCAUGAAGCAGUCAUCCAGUGAUAGCAUGGAUUUGGAUUGGACUGUAGCUGUGGUGAUACCGCGAGCUCCCUUCCUUGAGGAUGAAAUAACAGAUGAUAGGUUCGUCUUGCAUAGCUCCAUGAUGACCCUUGCAGCAGAGACCAAGGAUUCCAAGCGACUGAAUUCCAAGGUGAAAAAACAGCUAUGA